UCCAAUCCCACCGUCCAAUGCUGAGAGUAGGAUGAAAUUGAAUUUCAAAAACAGAGAGAGCGAGAAGAAGCCUACUCGCUCUCAAUCUCUUUUUCUCCUUCAUUUUCUUCCAAAAAUCUCUUCUUUUUUAUCUUUCGGCCCGCAGAUUUGCAUAAGCCUUAGUGUGUGCGUCUUUGUGGCGGCAAAGAUCGAGUUUUGGAAUUUGUUUUUUGAAUCUGAGCUGCGCUUGAUGACGAGUUUUUUUUCUAAUGGAGUUUGGAUUUUCUAAAACGGUUUAGAAUCUGAAUGGUUUGAGUUCUGGAGGGGAAAGUUUGGUUCUCGUAGGAUAAAAUAAAGAAGAAGAAUUAGGCUUAAUUUUUUCUGGUUUUGAUUUUUGAAUGGGAACAACAAGUGAGGGAGGAGAUUUCCCUCCAAUGGAGAUGGCUUCUUCGGCUGUGGAUUUACCGGCAAAGAAGCUGGCAAGGCAGCUGGAUUUUACAGGGUUCGGCGGCGGAGGUGCAUCGCCGGCGGCCGUUUUGCCGGACCAGCCGCCGCUCACGGCGAAGCCAAGCCAGCAGAUGCUGCAGAAACCUUCUAUGCGAUUUUUGAAACCAGAAUCCCCCAGAGCAAGGUCGAGACAAAAUGCUAGUGAAGUAAAAGACGGUACUCCGAAAAAGCAAAAGCAGUGUAACUGUAAACACUCUAGAUGUUUGAAGUUGUAUUGUGAAUGCUUUGCGUCUGGCAUAUAUUGUGAUGGGUGCAACUGUGUAAAUUGUCACAAUAAUAUAGAAAAUGAAGCUGCCAAGCGAGAAGCUGUUGAAGCAAUUUUGGAGCGUAAUCCAAAUGCAUUCAGGCCUAAGAUUGCUAGCAGUCCCCUUGGAGUUCGUGAUAAGGACGAAGCUCGUGAUGGGCUAAUCCUAGGAAAACAUAACAAAGGAUGCCACUGCAAGAAGUCGGGAUGCCUUAAAAAGUACUGUGAGUGUUUCCAAGCCAACAUCCUUUGUUCUGAAAAUUGUAAAUGCUUGGAUUGCAAAAAUUUUGAAGGAGGUGAAGAGAGGCGGGCUCUCUUUCAUGGAGAUCAUGCCAAUAAUGUGGCAUAUCUGCAGCAGGCAGCAAAUGCUGCCAUAACUGGUGCCAUUGGAGCCUCCGGCUAUGGAUCUCCUCCGGUGAACAAGAAACGGAAGUGCCAGGAGCUCUAUUUUGGGUCAAUGACAAAAAACCCUGUACACGAACUCGGGCAGUUUCUGCAGCCCAACCAUAUCAAAUCUUUUGUACCGCCCUCUAAGGUAUCUUCAAUUCCUGCUGCUCAUGUUGGAAAGGCAGCGGCUCUGGGCCAUUCCAAAUUUACUUACAGGUCCCUGUUAGCAGACGUAAUCCAACCGCUCGAUAUGAAGGACCUUUGCUCGGUAUUGGUCUAUUAUUCAAGGGAAGCUGCCAAGAUACUUGCAGAUGAAACGAAAGCAAGAGAAAAGCAGGCACGGGAGUGGAAAGAAACAUCGCUUGCCUCAUCAUCUCAAGAGCAGUUCGAGAAUAAGAAAGAUUCUGUUGAGAAGCCUUUGCAUGAUGAUUGUUCUAGUUUGGACCAUGUUGAAAAACCAAGCCCGGAUGAACCUAAUUUGGAUGGUUCUGAUGUGUCAAAACGGAGGCCAAUGUCUCCUGGAACAUUAGCACUGAUGUGUGAUGAAGUUGCUGCUUCCCCUACCGAAUUAUCAAACCUUGGCUGUAAAACGGCUUCCCAGUCGCUCCACGGGCAAGGUGUGACUGAAGUUUAUGCGGAGCAAGAAAGGGUUGUUUUGACAAAGUUCCGCGAUUGUCUUAACAAACUCAUUACUUUAGGAGAAAUAAAAGGCAAAAACAAGAUGUUCUUCAAUGGCACGGGCUUCAGUGUCAGUAUACCAAAAGGAUGUGAUCUGCAAUGGCACCGCUGUAGCUGAAACACGGAAUCUACAGGUACCCCAUACCAAUGGCGUUGUUACCAAGUCUGCUAUUCAACCAUUUCAACGUCAGUAAAGAACACCACAAAUGAAAUGGGUACUAUCACGACUGCAGAUGCUGGUAAUAACCAUUUCCUGAACAUUCCUUCCUUGGGAGAGAUUGGCGAUCAAAAGCCCAAAAAUUGAAUGGCACCUUACAGAGAUAUAGUUCUGGAUUUGCUCAACACUAAUGUAUCUUGGUAAUCUUAUUCCACUGUCUAUUAGUCCCCAUUUGAUAGCACUAACCAGUUUCAUGCGAUUUGCACACUGUUAACUGAUAAUGUAUGAAAAUUUUUGUCCUUCUGUUGAAGCACUAGCCUUAGCCUUAUGUGCAUAAGAUGUAAUUUUCUAAUAAUUGUCAGAACUGUCUCAGUUUCA